GACGAGAGACUGCGAGCGGGAAAACAGAAAGAGAAAGAGAGAGAGAGUUGGAGAGAAAAGGGGAAAAAAGAAGCGGCACUCGGCUUUGCCAGCGGUCGUAUGCGCUCGUCCAACAUUGAUUCGACUCUCUUUUUUCUCCCCCCCCCCCCCCCACCCUUUAUUCUGGGCUGUGCUCUCCCUGCCCCCCCCCUCUUGCCUCGGUGUGUAUGUAUGUGUGUGUGUCUUGCACCGGGCCCAGGGAUCAGAACAGACACCACUACCAAUUUACUCCUUGCCAAGGAUUUUUUUCCAAGUUUUUUUUUUUUUUGGGGGGGGGAUGCACAACGGAUCGUUGAAUUUUUUAAGUGCAUCAUCUCUGUUGUAUUUUUUUUUUUUUUGCUAUCCCACAGUGCAAUACUUUUAAUUAUUCUAUUUUUACUGGACAGUCCUUUUUUUUCGACUUUUGCCAAAUGACCUCUUGGCCAAGUUUCUUAUUGCAGUGAAACCUGAACUUUUUCCCGCUUGAAUUUUUGUUUAAAAAAUCGGAGCCACUGCGGCUUAUUCUGCUAAUUAUUUUUGACAUUCCCUCCGUUUUUUUUCUCUCGCCUUUAGUUCUCCAUUCUUUGCCAAACCAGCACUUGCUUUACAUUGGGGAGCGUGUGAGGAAAAAAAAAAAACUGUUGCAGGAGAUUUUUUUUUUCACUUUAAACGCUGUGCCAAAUUUAUGAUGAGAGUGCAAAAUGUUUGUUGUGGAAAUGUGAGGCUGCUCGGAGCUCCUUUGCAUGAUAGCACAGACAGGAAAUGGUAUGGCCGAUCUUUUAGCAGCACAUUUCAACAGUGGUCUUGUGGCGGCAAAACUUGGCGAUGCUGAGCGACCGGUGUGUGGCAAGGCUGGCACGGGAACGCUAUGGCGAGAUCUGGGCUUUGUUGCCCAGAGAUAUGUAGUGAAGGAUGAAUUUCAUCCCUUCAUUGAGGCCCUCCUCCCCCAUGUCCGUGCCUUCUCGUACACCUGGUUCAACCUGCAGGCCCGUAAGCGCAAGUACUUCAAGAAGCAUGAAAAGAGGAUGACCAAGGAUGAAGAGCGCGCGGUGAAGGACGAGCUGCUGGGAGAAAAACCCGAGAUCAAGCAGAAGUGGGCCUCGCGCCUGCUCGCCAAGCUCCGCAAGGACAUCCGGCCCGAGUUCCGCGAGGACUUUGUGCUCACCAUCACGGGGAAGAAGCCUCCCUGCUGCGUGCUGUCCAAUCCCGACCAGAAAGGAAAGAUCCGCCGCAUCGACUGCCUCCGUCAGGCCGACAAGGUGUGGAGGCUGGACCUGGUGAUGGUCAUCCUGUUCAAGGGCAGCCCGCUGGAGAGCACGGACGGCGAGCGGCUGGUCAAGUCGCCCCAGUGCUCCAACCACGGCCUGUGUGUCCAGCCGCACCACAUCGGAGUGACGGUCAAAGAGCUGGACCUCUACCUGGCCUACUUCGUCCACACACCAGAACAAUCAGGACAAUCAGACAACUCAAACCAGCAAGGAGAGACAGAUGUCAAACCCCCGCCAAAUGGCCACUUGAGUUUCCAGGACUGCUUUGUGACUUCAGGGGUGUGGAACGUAGCCGAGCUGGUCCGCGUGUCACAGACCCCAGUAGCUACGGCGACCGGCCCCAGCUUCUCUCUGGCUGACCUGGACAGCCCUGGAUACUACAACAUCAACCAGGUCACCCUGGGACGACGCUCCAUCACCUCCACUCCUUCCACCAGGACUGAAAUGGAGCUUUAUGCAAGUCUCCCACGGAGCUCUAACAAGCGCAAGUCCAUUGACGACAGUGAGAUGGAGAGCCCGGUGGAUGACGUCUUCUACUCGGGCCGCUCGCCGGCAGCUGGCAGCAGCUCGCAGUCCAGUGGUUGGCCCAAUGACGUGGAUGCAGUGCAACACCAUUUGGCCAGUGUGCAGGAGAGGAAGAUUAAGCAUGAGAGCGAUGGAGUGCAGUUUCCUUACCAUGGACUGUCAUCGCCUGGUUCUCUUAAGAAGCCGGGGAAAUUCGAUUUCAGCGCCCUGUCCUCCCAGACGAGGUCCCCCCGCAUGGCGUUCACCCACCACCCACUGCCAAUGCUGGCGGGAGUGAGACCAGGUAGUCCUCGUGCUUCUGCGUCAGCUCUGCACUUCCCGUCUCCCUCCAUCAUCCAGCAGUCGAGCCCCUACUUCACCCACCCGACUAUCCGCUACCACCACCACCCUGGUCAGGAUCCUUUGAAGGAGUUUGUGCAGUUUGUCUGCGCUGAUGGCCCAGGGCAGGCCGGCGGACAGCCAAACGGGAGCGGCCAGAGCAAAAUGCCAGGCUCCUUCUUGCUGCCUCCACCUCCCCCAGUGGCCCGCCCAGUGCCCCUCCCUAUGCCCGACUCUAAACCCAACAGCACGCCCCCUGACGGCGGACUCUCAUCGCCCGCAUCUCCGUCAUACUCCACGCCAGGCGCCACAGCUCCCAACAGGUUUGUCGGCAUCGGAUCACGGGACAACAACUUUCUGAACAUCCCGCAGCAGACACAGUCUUGGUUCCUCUGACAAGAUCUGUGUGAAAACCAGCAACUUUAAUUCUUUCUUCACAAUCAGAAAUAGAUCAUUAUCCUACAAUCAACACAGCGACUGGCCAUUACAUCGUAUCUCACACGCAAAAAAAGGCAAAACCCAACGAAGCACCGCAGGAAAAUUCAUCAGGAUUUAGAGGAACUCUGGGCCCGUACGGGGCAAAGAUGACGAGAUGGACAAGAGGACGGCAGGACAGUGAAGGGUAAGGCGGCACAAGUAGUCUCCUGAAAAGAAAGGAAUCAGCACAACAUUGCAGCCAUGCAGGACGAUUCUGAAGAUGAGAGUGGCGUCCACUUAUUUGCAAGGAUGCAUCAACCAUUUAAACAAAACCCAGCGUGAAAUACUCAAUUAUGUUUCUAGUGAAAGCUGCAUUUCAUACUCCACCGCAAAACCAGUCAAAUUGUGUCUCUCUCGGAAUGACCAGUGACUCUAUCAAAUCUCCCUUCCGCCCUCCUACUAACGAAAAAGACACUAUGCCAAAACAUAGCUUGAAGGCUUUGUACCUGACAAGCUAAAUCAAUUAACAUGAAUCCUAUCGAUGUGCACUAUUUACCUACAAGGCACAAACUGGCCAAUUCCGAGUUUUAUUGUCAAGAAAAAAACAAAAAACAAGGCACAAGAAGCCGACACAUUGUUACUCUGUGUUUCUCACAUCUGCCCACACAAACAGAAAGUCCAAUCAGAAAAAAAAAACGUGUGCCACAAUAUUUGUAUACAUUGAAAAACAAAUCGUGUGGUAUUUCUCGGAGGUGUGAUGCCCAGUGAACUGUCACUACCUAAUUGAUUAGUAAUCCAAACCAACACUGUCAAAUCAGUGCGCACCAAUAUAGAUAGCAACUAUCGGUUCCGCUCCCUUUUGCCCUCUUGUAAUGUAGAUGAUUACUUUUGGUAUCUCGUGCAUGGUCUUUUUAUUUGAAUUCCUUUUGGAUUUGUACUAUUUUGUAAUUGUUUUGUAUUUGAAUGACAGCACCUUAUAACUAAACACAAUAGGACAUGUCGUUUAAGCCUAGUGGUUAGCCCAUGGUCACAUUUUAAAAACAAAAGCAUUUUUGGGAGACUUUUUGCUUUCUUUAUAAGAGUUCGAAAAACAAAAAAAAUAUUGACGCGAUUUAUGUUAAUAUGGUCAACAUCAAGUUACAGCCCAUUUAGCUCAGCAGAAUUUUGGAGCAAAGAAAACUAUCAUCCUGGCCGAGAGCCUUCGACUAGCACCUGUGUAGCUUCGACCUAAUCACGUUUGUGGAAUCCAUUCAAACAUGAAGUGUGAAGAUGGCAAACUGCCAUGUUACCAGCAGGGAAAUUGAAAACACACACAAAAAAACGGAAUUGUUUUGUAGAAUGUCAGAGGCACAGACACGGAUUUUGUCACCAGGCCAGUUGUUGCUUUCCACAUUUGCAGUGCAGUAUUAUAUGUCCAUGCAAAAAUUGACUCCCCCUCAAAAAAAAAAAAAAUACAGUUGCUUUUUCCGGUGCCACACAAAUGCACAGGGUUCAUACAAAAAAAAAAUCAAAUACCAUUAAAAGGGUAUUUUGAUCAAAAUGUGUAAACGUCAUGACCAAACUGGAUACAAAAUUUUGGACUGAUCAGUUAAUACAUUGUUAAUAAUUGAAUUUACAGAAUGUUUAAAAACAUUUUAUAACCCCCCCAAAAAGUAUAUGAACCCUGAAAACAUAAUGGCAGCCACGUAGAAGGUUGUGACAAUCAAAAAAAAAAAAAAAAACCUGAAACUUAUUUGCGGAGGUCAACAAAAGUGCCACCAAAACUUUAGCUUGUACUAUUUGGACCAUGUUUGGCUGGUGGUGACACUCUCAUAAGUGUUGGAGUAAGAGAAACGGAAGAGAAGGGAAAGGUUGCUGAAAAUGGGAAUGUUGCUCUUUUUCUGUCUCCCGAAAAAACGUUUACCUGUUGUUUACACUCCCAGACGGGCCGCUGCUCCAAGAGCGGAGGGAACCACACUGCGGAGCAAAAUAAAUAUGUGACAUAUCGUUCUGUUUUCAGUCGCCAUGUGCCCACUUUUUAUUUUUAUUUUUAAGCUGAUUUAAAAAACAAAAAAAGAAAAAAAAAAUGGGAUGCGCAAAAUUUGUCUUUAGUUUAGGGAGGUGUCUCAAGUAAUAUCAGCCCUUGUAUAUUGUGAAUUGGUAAGCCCUUAUUGAUCAAAAAAAGCACUAAAGCAAUCACGCCAGCCAAACUUUUCUAUCACUAAUUAAAAAGCAGCGUUCACAUGCGUCUUAAAUGCUAACAAACACACAUAACCUGCCCAACUGAACUCAAAGAGGGAAGUCUUAAAUGUCGACAAUCGGGCGAGGCCUUUAUGCUUGUAAUCUUUUUUUUUUUUUAUAUAUAUAGUAUAUAUAUUCAUGAACGUCAUAAUAUUCCCAAUGCUUCGUUUAGUCUCUGAUGGACGUCCGAAAAGGUUCCACUGAAAGCACCCGACCUCACAAAAUAACUGGACUGCCUGGCCAUGUUCCUCACUGCAGGGAAGCGAGAUAGUUGGCCAACCAUCUCAUAGAGAACGAGUUCUGAUGACUUCACGGUGGCUUCUGUCAUUUCUUUUCUAAUCUAAAGGAAGUGCCUCUGUAUUCCCAUUAUGCAAUUUGUCAAACAUGAAUUCAGGUUCUUUUUUCAUAAAUAAGCUAUAGUGAAUGGUGGAGAAAAAAAAAAUCUAUGUCAAGAGAGGGGAAAGAACAGUUCACUAGAUAAUCGCAAGCAUCUUUAUAUAUAAUACACAUAUAUAUUUAUAGAUAUAUACUUUUGUUUUUAUUUGCAAUAUAAGCUCAGUGGCAGUCUAGUUAUUUUUUGAAGCAUGGCAGUCAUAGGUUGCAUCUCAGUAAUGGCUGAUUGGAGCUAAGUAGCAGCCUCACAAUUGCACAAAAUGGCAGGAUAGGCAAGAAAAUCGAUGGCAAACACGAUAAUAAUAUUAAAAAAGAUGAUGUAGAUGAGUUAAAAAAAACACAAAAGAUCAGCUUAUGUUUUGAUGUUUUCAUUCUUGUUUUGAUGGGAAGCAUUGUUGUUGAAACUCAAUGAUGUGUGUUGAUUGAGCCAUGUGCAAUGCCUUGGUAGAGGAUUUGUGUGUUUGUUUGCGAUUGUUUGAGGGUGUUGCAAAAGGAGGGAAAAAAAUCUCUCUUUUCUUUCUGUUUUUCACUUGUUCUUUGUGUUUCAAGUCCAUCUGCUCUGGGACUCUAAAUAUCAGAGUGGAGAGAAAAAAAAAAUCCAACUCUUUGUAAGUAAGGGGGGAAUUGUUUUUAUAAUUUUCUUGUUUGUGCUCUUUUUUUUAAAAAAGAAAAAAUUCAUUUGUAAUCAUUUUGUUUUUAACAUGUGGGAGGGCUGAAGGAACAAUUUUGCAAACAUUAGGUACAUAUUGCAAUUAAAACUGGUGCUUUCUCACAAAGAGUAUUACAGCCAUGCAGAAAAGAAAAGAAAAUACUAGAAAGGUAAAUUCAAAGAAUUAUGUUAAUAACCCCUGAAAAAUUAUAAACUUUAUAAUUGAAAAAAAAUGUCCACUUUUAUGACUCAAAUAUUUGAAUAUUAUAACCAUUAACAGCUAUUCUACAAUUUUAUUCCAUACAAUUAAAUGUUUCUGAUUGAAACUUUGUUGUAAUAAAAAUACAGUUAUAUUCUCAUGCAAUUACCACAUUUACCUCAUCAUUGUGAUUUCUUUUUGAUGUGGCCCUAAUACUACUUUGUGCUUUCUAGACUAAAGUACCGUAAAUCUACUUUCGGCUUAAUCCAACAUAAGAUGACAAAAUUCUCACCAAAACAAAUUUUCGGAAACAUGCAUUAUUCUAUUUGUCUUUUUGUAUUUACGGGUGGGGGGUGUAUUGUUUUUGAAAGAAAAAAAAAAGUUGUAACAAAAGGCAUUUUUCCCCUCAUGAACUUUUGACACCAUAUGGAUUGUAUCAUCUCAUAUCCAAUAUCCUAAUAUGGGACAAAGACAAGCUCUUCCCCAUUUGGGAGAUGCACAAAAAGACCAUGAAUGAUGAUUUGUUUUCUUGUCCGGCAAGAGUUAGUAUGUUUUUGUUUUUUUUUUUGGUGUAAAAAUUCCGUCGGAAAUUUGCAUUUGCUCCGAGUGGUGCUGUCACCCAUUCAAGUGAACCCCGCCCCCUUUCCCCCCCAUCACCCACUUGUAAAUGACUAUAAAUAUUUGUUUGGUGAAGUAGUGUUCUAGACUCAGAGCAUCUUAAAGGUUGUCCCUAAAAAAAGUGCCUUUUGUUCACAGAUUCCAUCUUGUAUACUCCUGAGAUCCCAUCUCAAAAGGAAAAAAAAAAAAAAGUCCCCUCCUUCAUCCUUCUAUAUCCACUUGUUUCUCUUCUUCUCCUUUUUAAAGCAGUAUACAUUGUACUAAAGGAAAUUGGUGUGAUUUAGUUCCUGUUUUUAUUGUUGAAUAAUUAAAAAAAAAGCAAAAAAAAUGCAGAAAAACAGACAAAAAAAAAAAAAGAGCUUCUCUUUCCUCUGUAUCUUGUCUUCUGUCUAUCUUGGACACUGGAGUAGUCUGUAGCUGCCCCUCAUCCUUUUUUUUUUUCUUUUUUCCCCUUUCUCCGAAUGGUGGGGUUUAAAAAAAAAAAAAAUACACCAGAUUUUAUUUUAUUUUUGUUUGUUAUUUUUUGUCUGAGCAGAAUGCAGUUAGCUCACAUGUUAUUCUUGUCUGUAUGCUUCACAUUGUAUUACCAUACCCAUCUUCUUCAGCUUCUCCAUUCAACCGCUAACGUAAGUGAACAAGUUACACCGGUGGGCUCUGGGCUGUGUUGAGGAUGGAGGGGGGCUGUCGGGGGAGAGGGGGGGGUUACAGAAGUAGCAAGCAAUCAUAUUUGGGUUUGAAUGAGGGAGAUGUGCUGUAGAACUGCUAGAAAAGGCAGAUUAAUUUGUAAUCCGUGUUUGUGUCUAUUUAUUUUUUAUAAUCACAUUUGGACUUAUUGAUUUUUUUUUUAUUAUAAUUCUUUUUCAUUGCAACUGUAUAUCCUUGGCAGCACUAAAAUGCUGCACUCAAUUUUGCACCAAGUGGUUGAAUGUAAUCCACUUUAAAACGAAAAAAAAAUUCAAAAAAAUAGAAAUCAUUUUGUUAGCACCUUAUAAGAAAACCGGUUCCAUGGUAUUGAGGCUUAAAGGCUCAUUUUAAGCACAAUCAAAAAAGAAAAAAGAGGGAAAUAAAAAUCUCACACGCUGCCUCACAAUAUGGAGUCUCUAAAUUAGCAGUGUGUUGCAAACCGAGAGACCAAAGUGGUGUGUACAGGCUUCGGCAAGAAUAACAAAUAGCACCUUGAAAACGUACCAGCAGCAGCAGUAUUAUCAAGCACCACAGUUGAGAAGCCAUAUUGGAGAGGGACAGGUUGCACAGGUCAGGGGGGGCGGGGGGCGGUUAGAGACACCCAUCACCUAAACCACCCAGAGUGCUUCUUCUCCUCCACCCUUCAAAACAGUAUCCCAUCCUAAGACACACUUCCAAGAGCCCCUGGUGAAAUGCAUGUGUUAAAGUUUCUUUUCCAUAAUAAUAAUAAAAAACAGUUUGAAAAGAGCAACACUUGAUUGAAUAAAAGGAUGUUCUUAA